CUGCCUAGGGUUCGCAUGCCCUCCCGCCUCACACUGGUUCCUGAUUGGGUACUGAAGCUGUCCGUUUUGACAGGGUGCUCUGCGCAGGCGCGGAAAGGCACUGGGACCGUGCUGAGCGCCCGCGACACGGAGCUCCCUGAUCGGUUCGAGAUGGCAGAGGUGGAGGAGACACUGAAGCGACUUCAGAGCCAGAAGGGAGUGCAAGGAAUCAUUGUGGUGAACACAGAAGCGACCCCACAAGACAGAAGUGUUUGCCCAUUUUCAUUUGGGAAAUCCGAAGCUAAGAGAGACCCCCUGCUGUCCUCUGCUGUUACCUACACAGGGCAAAAUAAAAGACUCAAAUGUGUAAGCUCCACAAGGGCAAGGAUUUGUCUCUUGUGUUCACUACUUUAUCCCCAACACGUAGAACAGUGCUGAUACAGAGUUUGUGCUCAAUAAAUAUGUUAAAUUUUGUUAAUUUUUUUUUAUUGUUGAUUGAUGGAGCUGGGUUUGGUGGGAGGACCUGGUUAUACAACCUGGUCUGAGCCUCAGAUUAGAAAUCGUGCCUCCCUGGUGACUAGCCUUCUGCACAGUCCCCAUUUGUGAAGGCAGUGGCUUGGGGUAAGUGGCCUAAUUCUUAGGCUGUCUUUUGAAGUGUCUCCAGUUUUGGUCCCUGCCCCCACCCCAUACACCUUUAUGUUUUCUUUUGUUUUUAAAGUGAACCAAGAAGUGGUUAGUUUCUUGUCUCCUUUACUCACCCAUUGGUAGGAAUAUGAUCAAACUCAUGUCUAAACUACUGAAAGUAGCCCUUGUGAUUUCUCAUUUAUCAACAGCAAUAAAUGCUUAAUGUGGUCUAAGGACACUGGUGAACAAAUCAGACCUGGUCCUGGCCCUGCCCCCCAGGGAGCUACAGUCUGCUGGGGGACAAACAUAAUGAUCACUUCCAUAAAGGUGUGAUUUCAAACUCAAGUAACCGUUCCAAAGGAAAAUUGCAUAGUGUUGGGACAAUGGAAUGGGACAUUGACCACAUCUGGCAGUUGGUGGAGCCACCAGAAGAUGGAGACCUGAGGGAUCAGUGGGAGUUGUAAGAGAAUAGGGGAAGGAAAGAAAGUUCCAGGUUCCAGAGGGGCUUCAGAGAAGGUGCCCUUGUAGUAUAAAAAACAAACAAAAAA